AUGUUCAUUCCUUCGCAUUCUGUCGGUGGUGGUAGUACAUCUCAACCGGGUCCAUCCUCUCAACACAAACGACCUACUCAGCCCAACAAGUACACGUUUGUCGACCUCACCACACCAGAUCCGACACCUUCACCCACCAAGAGCAACGCUUCACCUCAGCAAAGCUCCCAAGGCUCGAACACAACCUAUAAGCCUCCUGCUCAGUCUCAAUCAUCCCAAUCUUCAUACUACGAUCUUAUACCACUUGGAUCCAAGCAAAGACCUCACCCGACCUUCACCCGACCAGCUCAAUCCUCCCAGCGAUCAGCCUUUGCACCCUUCCCCUCUUAUUCAUCUCCCGCCAUGUCCACCAGCAACAACCCAGCCGGGCUCAGUAAGGAUCGCUACUUGGCACAAGGCGAUGUCAAUGCGCCCAUCGAUCUGACUAAGGGGGACCCGCCAGGGGCUGGUUUUGGAUCAUCCAUCCUCAAAUCGAAGAACUCGGCACCGUCUCGGUCAAAUCCUUCCAGUCAGGGUCAAGGUCGGUCUUUCGUUGACUUUAUCAAACCAAGCUCUGGUGCGUUUACAUCGACCUCAACCUCUGCGCCGCAUCGCUUUCAGCCGCCGCAGCCGGCAUCCACUGGAACAGUCGGCCGCGCGCCAGACAAGGCCUGGCCAUCGUGGCUCGCGAACCCCGCUUCGCAGCACAAUCCACUUCAAGCUCCCGGUCAAUCCCAUGCGAAAGCCCCGCAGCCAAUCGCCGUACCAGACGACGAACCUCAAGGUGAAGUCUUUGACCUGAAUAAGAUUGAAUACAACCAAGCCGACUGGGAGAGGCAUCAAGGCGACGCGGAUGAGCAUAUGCGAGAACUGCUCUCUGGAGCUGUAGGAGAUGGCGAGGAUGAUAUGGGUGAAGACAAAGUUCAGGAAGGCGAAGAUAUCGUCGAGGGCUUUGCGGACAAUGUCAGGUUGAUGCCGCAUCAAGUCAGAGGAGUGAGAUGGAUGCGACAGCGAGAGUCGGCGCGAAAGUAUGGCGGAAUUCUAGCGGAUGACAUGGGUCUUGGAAAGACGGUCCAGACCCUUGCACGUGUGGUGGAAGGCAAGGCAACCACUGCAGAACUAAAAGCAGGUUGGAAAGCCGGCACCUUGAUCAUUGCCCCGCUCGCCGUUAUGGAGCAGUGGGCGACAGAAGUCCGUUCAAAAACCAAGCCUGGCGCUUUGACCGUCACCACUCACCACGGCCCAUCGAGGACGAAAUCCGGGAAAACACUGCAAGGUUUCGACGUGGUCAUCACUACGUUCCAGACCGUGGCAUCGGAAUACACCUCGUACAAGAUGGAAGGCAGUACGCAGCCUCACAAACAGCCAUCCGACGACCAGUUGAGCUCAGAUGACAGCCUAGCCGAGAAGCUGAAGAAGAAGAAGAUGCCAAAGAAGAAAGGAUCUCAUGCAGUGUUCGACGUCAAGUGGCUCCGCGUCGUGGUCG